AAGCAGAAAUCAAUUUUAAUAUUUUCGCUCUCUUUUCCCUUCCCGAAACAUCGCCGCUUUCUUUUCUAGAAAACGAGAAGUCUUUGGAACCGCAAACUAAAUUCUUUAAUUGAAAAUCACCGCCAGACUUCUUCCCGAAAUCCCAUUGCAAAGAAGAAGAUGGGCGUAGCGCAAGCAAUGAAGAGAAUCCCUCGCAUCAAAUUCCCCCAAAGGCAUCUAAAAUCUUCUGAUUCUGGAUUGCAGUCUCAAACUGGUGGCAAAACUGGUGAUGGUGAUCUAACUUUCUUCUCCAGUUCUAAGGCUCCUUCAACUGUUGGAGGCAAAGCUUCUCUUCAACCCAAAAGAACACCUGUUUCCAAUGAGGAAAUGGAGGCUAUUUUGUUGGGUGGCUGUUUCUGAUCGUAUGAUGAAGGUUCAACAGGGAAAAUAAUUUCAUGGACUUCUAAUUUUCCCAUUUUUUUUUCUUAUUACAGUAUUGGGAUUUGGGACUUCAAUUUUCUAAUGACAUUGGCCCACGGUUAAACUAACUAAAAAUGGGGCGACACUAUUUUAAUUGAAUAAACACAGAGAAAGACAAUUGAACUAAGGCCUGUUUCUCUGAUUC